AGAGAGAGAGAAAUGAAGUUGAAAGUUGGUGAGUUUUGUAAAUUAAGUCGAGAAUUGGAAUCGUUAGUUUACUCACCGUUGAUUGUGAGGAAUGGAUGAGAGUUGUUGAAACAAAGAAAAAGAAAUUUUCUUGUUCCUAAUUCGAACUUUAAAUUGUUCAAAUUGUUAAUUACUAAUUUUCGAUUCGAAAAAGUGUAAAGAGAAUACAGUGUAGUUGUUUUUUUCUCUUUGAUUGUUUUUGGUGUUUUGGUUUCUCUCUUUUCUUCUUGUUCAUCUGUUAGCAUUUUAUCUUGAAAAAUGUCCACAUCUCAAUCGAGGCCGAUUUGGUUUAUUUUCCCAGGUUUGGAGGCUUAUGAUCCAACACCACCGAUCUCCGUUUUGACCUUUCCACCUUUCGUUAAAUUGUGCGACUCGUUGAACGAGAAAACUGGUUUCAAUCUUCUCGAAACAAUAGUCAAUGAGGGAUCAUCGCCAUCUCUUGCAACCGUUUUCGCCACAAUUACCACUCUUCAAACGUCACUGAUUCACCUUCUCGCCUCCUUGGGAAUCACACCCGAUGGUUUCAUUGGCUAUGGAAUCGGUGAGUUCGCAGCAUCUUAUAUGGAUGGUUGUUAUGACGCGGAAACGGUCAUCUUUUUAUCUCAUACAAUUGGACGAAAAAUUGACGAUUCAGGUUAUCGUCGUGGAGCCAUGGCCUUGGUCCAUCAAGAUGAGUCCAAAUUUUCCUCGUUCUUCUCAAAUUCUGGGGUCACCGUCUCCGCUCAUAACACGGAAAAUUGUAUAACAAUCGCUGGGUCACAAAAAAACAUCGAUCAAGUUUUGGAAAAACUGAAAAUGGACAAAAUCAAAUGUUCACCAAUCGCUAGUUAUUCAACGGCUCUUCAUUGUUCCCAAAUGGAUUAUCUUAAAGACACUGCAAUGGAAUCUCUUUAUCGGCUAAUCGACUCACCUAAACCUCGAUCGCACCGAUGGGUUAGUACCACAGUCGCAGCGACGGAAGAUUGUCUUCGUCUCUCUUGUCCAAGAUAUUUCCUUCGUAAUUUAACCUCACCGGUUUUGUUUCGUGAAGCCUGUUCUGAACUUCCAGCCAAUGCAAUAAUAAUCGAGGUUAAUUAUCGCUCCAUCUUGGAAUCAUUUGUUAAAUCUAAUCUUAAAUCACCAGAGACAAUCAUCUAUCUAACUAUCCCUUGUCUCAAUAACAUGGAUACAACCAAAUCACAAGAUUAUCAACUAUUCAACACAAACAUAAUAAACAACAACAACAAUAAUGUUUCCACGGGAAUGUCCACCGAUAAAUUGGUUGAUUACCUGCUGAAGGAGAGACAAAACACCGGAGUUUACGAGGUCAGAUGAACAAACAAUCAACCUGGAAACAGAAUGAAUGAAAAAUCCAAUUAAACUGUUAGAAUCAAGUUUCUUUCGUUUCGUUAACUAAUGUUGUUUAUCAUUAAAUUUCCAUUUUCUUCCUUGUGUGUCAACUUGACUCUUCGCCAAAAGGACAACUCUCUUUCUCUUUCUCUCUCUCUCACUUUCUCUUUUUCGGUCAAACAAUUAAACUAUAUUAUUAUUGAAAACAAAAAUUGUCAUUUGUCACUUAUUCUCGCAAUUAAUUAAUCACUUACACUAUUUAGUCACAAGAGAAAACAUUAAUUGUUAAGUAAACAACAAUUCUCAUCCCGCUCAACCAACAGAGAGAAUGAAUAAACUAACGCCAUCUAUGGAAAUCGACAGGUGGUUGAUUAGAAUAAAUUUUCAAUCAUUUUAAAUUGUUGAGAGAAACAAUCAACAUAAUUUUUCUAAUUGUUCACCGAUUGAUUUGUUUUUUUUAUUGUUUUCUUUUUUUUAAAUUGUUACAUGAGUUUGUUCAAUUAACCAAUUGAAUAAAUUGUAAAUCAUGGAUCAAAGUGAAUUGUGCAGUGAUGAGGAUCAAUCAACUUCCAGUGAGAUUGAAUCGGAAGUUAAUGAAUCCUGUUCGGAUCUUAGUCAAGAAAUUGAUACCAACAUAAUUAGUGAAUUAAAUCAGCCUGAUGAUACAUUGGACUCAGAAAGUGAUGAUAUUUAUGAGUCAUUAUUAAGAUCACCAGAACCAUUAGAAUCACCAGAGCCAUUAGAAGAACCGGAGACCGAUGAAAAUGAUCCUAUCUCUGUAUUAGAAGCCUUUUUAAAGGCUCACGAUGAAGGUAAUGAAUCAAAAGAAAAGUUGGAAAAUCCGGUCAAGGAAAAUUCUGAUCAACAAUCGGCGGGAAUUCCGAUGGAAACAGGUAGUUGUAGCUUCAAUAAUGGAAUCAGUAGGUUACAAAGAGAAAGAAUCAAUUCCACAGGCUCUAAACGGAGUCUUCGUCCAAGAUCGAAAAUAUAUUGGAACGAAUCAUCUCUUUUCUACCUGAAAACUCAGGCGAAUAUGUAUUCUUACUACUCUGGACUACGAAAAAAACGAAUAUGAUUUUUGCUUGUUUGUUGAUUCAUUGGAAUAAAUUUAUUCCUAACAUUA